AUGUCGACCGCACCGCACAAGGCGCUUACCAUUGACACCAUCAACCCACACGUCAAGGCUGCACAGUAUGCCGUCCGUGGCGAGCUAGCUGUCAAGUCGGAGCAGUACCGUGCGAAGCUGGCCAAGGGCGAGGGCAAGGACCUUCCCUUUGACACCGUCAUUGCAGCCAACAUUGGAAAUCCACAGCAGCUGGACCAGAAGCCGAUUACAUUCUUCCGCCAGGUCGCGAGUUUGUUGGAGAAUCCGGGACUGCUGGAGCAUGAAGAUGUGCUCAUCAAGAGCCUGGGAUACAAGACAGAUGUGUUGGAAAGGGCGAGGAGGCUGUUGAAGGAGGUCAAGAGCGUGGGUGCAUAUAGUCAGAGUCAGGGUGCACCGGGCAUCAGACAGAGCGUCGCCGAGUAUAUUGAGCGACGAGAUGGCUACCCUGCGAGCUUCGAGAACAUCUACCUUAGCAACGGUGCCUCGUCGGGCGUGAAUACCCUUCUCCACACCAUCUGCGCGAAGCCAGAGACCGGCAUCAUGGUUCCCAUUCCGCAAUACCCGCUCUACACCGCCACACUUUCUGUGCUCAACGCCCGCUGCGUUCCAUACUACCUCGACGAGGAAUCUGCAUGGGGCACAUCACUCGACUCCAUCCGCGCCGCCUAUGACAAGGCCGUCUCAGAGGGUACCGACGUAAAGGCCAUUUGCGUCAUCAACCCCGGCAACCCGACCGGUGCUUCCCUCCCUGCCGAGGACAUCAAGGCCGUACUCAAGUUCGCCGCUGAAAAGCGACUAGUGGUCAUGGCUGACGAAGUCUACCAAACCAACGUCUUCCUUGGCGAAUUCAUCUCCUUCAAAAAGGCACUCCGCGACUUGCAGAAGUCGGAGCCCGGCAAAUACGACGACAUUGAGCUUGCGUCGCUGCACUCGGUGUCCAAGGGCAUGGUGGGAGAGUGUGGUCACCGUGGCGGCUACUUUGAGCUCAUCGGCUUUGAGCCAGAGGUUGCGGCUGAGGUGUACAAGUUCAUCUCCAUCCAACUCUGUCCCCCAGUACUGGGCCAAUGUAUCGUCGAGAUGAUGGUCAACCCACCCAAAGAGGGCGAGCCCAGCUAUCCUCUGUACAAGCAGGAAUACGAUGGUAUUUUCAAGGGCUUGAAGGAACGUGCCAUGGCGUUGUACGAGGCAUUCAAGGAGAUGGAGGGUGUAGAGUGCGCCGAGCCACAGGGCUCCAUGUACCUCUUCCCCACCAUUCACCUGCCCCCCAAGGCCCUUGCGCAAGCCAAAUCCGAAGGCCGGGCCGCCGACGAAUUCUACUGCUUCCGCAUGCUCGACGCAACGGGUGUGUGUGUGGUUGCGGGCUCGGGCUUUGGCCAAAAGGAAGGGACGCUGCAUUUUAGAACGACGUUUCUGGCUCCGGGGACGGAUUGGACCAAGAGGUUGAUUCGGUUCCACCGGGAUUUCAUGGCGGAGUUCAAGUAG